AUGUGCUGCCCGUCCCCGUCGCCCGGCUCUGCGACCUCCAGCGAGGGGGGUCACCCGGUGGAGCAGGCAUCCUUCGCACUCGGAACUCCAGCAGCCCUGUGGGAGAUCCAAUCGGCAGGCCUGCGUAGGCCCGCGGCCCACCUUCCGGCGCCCCCGCCGGGGCCGGCGGGCGGGUGGGCGGCCAUGUCGACGGCCGAGGGGUUCUCGACCGGAGGCAGCGACGCCCCGGUCGUGAUGGUGGAGCCCAGCCACGUGGAGCCGAUGCCGGCGGUGGCCGCGGCAGCGCCGCCGGGGUUCCUGUCGGCGCCCGCGUCCAUGGCAAGGUUCAUGCCGGCGCCCGUGUCCAUGGCAGGCUUCAUGCCAGCGGCCGACUUCGGCGACGGCGGUAGCUGCUGCGGGAGCCAGAACAAUUGGGCCGGCUUCCGGGGCCUCGUGUUCUACCCGCAGCCGCGGGACAGCCGCAGCGGAGACUCGUAUGCCUACCAUGGAGAUGGCAAAGGCGCGUACGAGCGGGUGGAGUCCUACAAAUACGUGGGCCACGGGUGCGGCAGCUUCGACAGGGAGGAGGUCGCCCAGCCGCACUUCACCUGGCAGCCUCGGAAGUGCUGCAUCUGCUGCCUCCUGCUCCUGUGCGCCCUGCCGUUCCUCCUGGGCUCCGCGGCGUGGGCGCGCAGAUCGGAGGCCC